UAUAGUUGCUACCCUCAACCUACCCAAAACCUGCUGAUGCGAUGCAUACCCUCUGAUUUGUCGUUUGAAGAGCGGCAAUACUGUAACCAUAGGGGGGGUGUUCCUGUCUGUUCAGUAUUGUCUUUUUUUCCACAGAGACAUGAGUGCCUCACACACGAUGCAAAAAUCUCUUAUUUUUCUACUGAUUAUUUGGAACUCAUCGCCUUUUGCCUCAGGAAAUGCAACCACAAAUCUUCAGUUCUCGCUGGGAUGUCAAGCUGUGAUACCUUGUCAACAUUGCAGAAGGGACUCUCGCUCUUUUAAAUGGUAUUACAAGAAAGAUGAACGUAGUGACCACAUCGUGAUAUUUGCUCAAGAUGCGACAGGAAUACCACGCUUUCAUCCUCCCCUUCAAUCCAGGAUAUUGGUUAUGAGCAAUUAUUCUUUGGUCAUAAAAAAUCUAAUAGAGGAUGAUCAAGGCCUUUACUGGUGUGAAAACGAUUGCUUGAACAAACACUUCCCCACAGUCACCACCAGUUUGAAAAAAGAAAUUCUGAAAGAAACUAAUGAGACAUUCUACGUUACUGCAGGCAGAAAUUUUACUUAUUCGUGUCCAGGUGAAUUCAAUAACUUAAAAUGGACUGUUGAAGCAAGUAAUACGACUGCACUGUGGAACUCGGCACAAAGACCCAAAUCAGAUUUUGUGACUUCCAACAAGGCUUUGCACAUUGUAAAUGUUCAAAGAGCAGAUGUCGGGAAAUAUAGCUGCUGGAAAAGUCGAUGUGAUGGACACUGGCAGAAGCUAUUUACCAUCAUCUUGUGCGUAGCUACAGUACACCACAGUGAGAAUUCAGAUGUUUCUUGUGCUAUGAUGUGUGACGAGGAAUUCCGUAACAUCAAACCAAACAGUCCUUCAAACGUGGAGACAAACAGAAGACAAGUGCAUGUAGAUCGAUAUGGUUUUUUAAAUUGCACUACAAAGCAGAUGUUUGAUGGAUACAGUCCAGUUAACAGUACCCAUGAACCAUCAGUUACUUCAAAUAAAACAACAGAUGUACCUACACAGCCUGAACAUGUGAAUCUUAUUUAUGGAACAUCAGCAGCCCUUACAUGCCUUAUUUUAAUGGCACUUUUAGUUUGCUUCCUCAGACCAAGACUGCAGGCAGCAUUUUCCAUUCAGCUUUGUUGCUGUGGCUCAAAUGGCAGUGUGGACGAGGAGCCUUCAGUGGUUUAUACAUCGAUUAUAAUCCGGAGACCUGCGAAGACAACAGACAAUUAUGUGUCUUACAGUGAAUGUGUAUAUAGUGAAAUAAAAGUAUAGAAACAAGGUCCCAAGUUAAUAUGAGCCAGCAGUGCUACUCUCCUAAUAAUAGCUCUCACCUUUACUGUCAAAGUUUCAUGAGAACAAGUCGUUGUGACUUCACCCACACAGGUCUGAAGGGAAAUUAUGAAGCACUGGAUCUUUUUGAUCAGGAGGUUUCCUAACUGAGUUAAGUGACCCAUGAAAAGAGCUGAUAGAUUUUCCUACACAGUAAUAAAUGUAUUUAUGUAUCUUGUGGUUUUUAAGUGUCCAUGUCCUGUUCUGCAUUUUUAUUUUUUAUGUUUUCUACCUCAGUAUUUUAUUCUAUUGCAUUUUUAUUGUAUUUAAAAUAUACCGGACUUCUAUGACGACCUAAUUUCCCUUUCGGGGAUGAAUAAAGUCAUCUAUCUAUCUAAA